AUGGCGGAUGCUCUCCUUUCUAUUGUCUUAGAUCAGUUGGGUUCUCUUAUCCAACAACAAAUUCAUCAGGAAGUUUCUCUGGUUGUGGGUGUUGAAACAGAAAUCCAAAGCCUCACCGACACACUCCAGGUCGUCCGAGCUGUUGUUGCAGAUGCAGAGAAGAGACAAGUGAAGGAGGAACUUGUCAAAGUUUGGUUGCAGAGGCUUAAAGACAUCGCCUACCAAAUGGACGACGUGCUGGAUGAGUGGAGCACUUCUCUUCUCAAAUCUCAGAUUGAGAGAGCUGAAAGCCCUUCCAUGUCUAAGAAGAAGGUAAGCUCCUGCAUUCCCUCCCCUUGCAUCUGUUUCAAACGAGUUGCUGGCCGUCGUGACAUUGCUCUUAAGAUUAAGGAUAUCAAACAGCAAGUUGAUGACAUUGCAAACCAGAGCAAUGGGUUCAAUUUUACAUCCAGAUUUAGCAACGAGGAACCACAGAGGCUUAUAACUAUCUCUGCAGUUGACAUUUCAGAGGUAUGUGGUCGGGAUAAGGACAGGGACACCAUACUAAGGCAGCUGUUGGGUGAGAGUUGUGAACAAAACUUGGGCCCCUACAUCAUCUCCCUAGUUGGGCUGGGAGGUGUCGGCAAGACAACUCUUGCUCAACUAGCCUUUAACCUCCAUGAGGUGGAGGCCCAUUUUGAUAUAAGAAUCUGGGUCUGCGUGUCUGAUCCUUUUAUCCCAGUAAGAAUUUUUAGGGAUAUUUUUGAAGCCCUCUAUGAAAAGCCUUCCGAAGUCCAUAAUCCUGAAGUUCUACAGAAAAAAAUUCAAGCAUGUAUUGAUGGGAAGAAGUUUCUCCUUGUGCUGGAUGACGUGUGGAAUGAAGACUAUCAGUUGUGGGAACAACUCAAGAAUUGUCUCAAGUGUGGAGGUCGUGGGAGUAGAAUUUUAGUGACCACUCGCAAUGAGAGCGUUGCUAGGAUGAUGAGAAGCACAUACAUGCACUCCUUAGGAAGCUUACCAUUAGAGCAAUGUCGGGCAUUAUUUUCCCAAAUAGCUUUUUGGGGGAAGAGUACUGACAAAAUUGAAGAACUAGAAGAAAUUGGCAAAAAAAUAGCAGACAAGUGUAAGGGGUUACCUCUUGCCGUUAAAGCUUUAGGGAGUCUGAUGCAGUCCAAAAAUAAUAAAGAGGAUUGGGAGAAUGUUUUGAAUAGUGAAAUGUGGGAAUUGGAUGUUUUUGAGAAAGAACUGUCCCCUGCCUUAUUGUUGAGUUAUUAUGAUCUGCCCCCGCCACUUAAACAGUGCUUCUCAUACUGUGCGGUUUUUCCCAAAGAUCGCACCAUUCAAAUAGACGACUUGAUUAAGUUGUGGAUGGCACAAAGCUACCUCAACUCUAAGUCAGACAGAGGGAUGGAGACAGUUGGGAGAGAGUACUUUGAAAACUUAGCAGCUCGGUCUUUCUUCCAAGAUUUUGAGAAAGAUGAAGAGGGCAACAUAGUAAGGUGCAAGAUGCAUGAUAUAGUGCAUGACUUUGCUCAAUUUUUGACCAACAAUGAAUGCUUAAUUGUGGAGGAUGAUUGUGAAAACCUAAAGACAAACUUGUCCCGUCAAAAGGGCCGUCAUGCAACUGUAAUUGUGCAUGGAAGUACCAGAUCCUCUUUCUCCGUAAAAAACGCGAGGAAUUUACACACACUUUUAGUUGUGUCUAACGGGUAUAGAAUUGACUCAUUUCCACUUGAUUCAUUCCAGCAAUUCAAAUAUCUCAGAGCAAUGGAUUUGAGCAAGGAUACCUCAAUUAAAGAUCUCCCAAGCCAGGUGGGUGAAUUCAUACAUUUGAGGUACCUUAAUCUAUCAUAUUGUGAGAGAUUGGAAACAUUGCCCGAAACAAUCAGUGAGUUAUGCAACCUGCAAACCUUAAAUGUUCGCUAUUGUCUGAGGCUUAGAAAACUACCUCAAGGGAUAAGAAGUCUAAUUAAUUUGAGACAUCUUCAAAUUAGAGCCGGUUUUUCUAUUCUAAGAGGCCUGCCUAAGGGAGUCGGAAGAUUAACAUCUCUUCGAACCUUAUCCUGUUUUAUUGUUGGUGAUGAGAAUGGAAGUGAUGUGUGCAAAAUAGAAGAAAUGAGAAACUUAAAGGAGCUUAGAGAGCUUGAAAUAACAGGAUUGAGCAAAGUGGAAGAUGCAGGGGAGGCUGAACAGGCAGAAUUGAAGAAUAAGAAAAAGCUCUAUGGUCUGACAUUAAGUUUCGAACCAUGGACGAGUCAACCAGUAGGGAUGAAGGAAGUGGCUGAAGCCCUACAACCCCAUCCAAACUUAAAAUCUCUGUACAUAGCAUGGUAUCAAGUCAAGGAAUGCCCAGGUGGAUGA